CUCGACUGAUUGUUAUUUUGCUAGUUGUUAAAUGCAUAAUAAACAAGGUACAUUAAAUGUCGUUAUUCUUGAAGUUUAUUGUCCAUGAAGGCUAUUUUCACCAAAACCCUUAGAAACUGAAGAUGUAUCCCAACUCAACAUUACUCUACGGCCGGACGUGAAGUGGCGGUAUUCCUUUCGUGGUGAUUAAAUAAUAUUAUCGAUACAUUCACUAUAUAAUCAGCAGUUCGUAUAUUCAUUCAUUUGAAAGUUUAUUUGUACUGACACAUUUACUUUUGAUUUGUUAAGCAUCUGUUUUCGCGAUUUAGAACUCUACUCGAAUGACAUGUUGGGAGUGAAUAAUGUGCGAGUAAAAAAUAGUGUUGUUUUUAAUUACUAGACGCCAUAAAAUCUCCAACUGAUGUGCAUUUAAUAUAUUAGGUACCUACUUUAGAUGUACAGCAAAAGUUUUUCAAUUUAGUAGAGGAGAAAGUGUAAUCGUGUUCGGACGGACGCGUGCUUAUUUUCGAAUAUUUGUUUACAAUAUUAAUUAUGUCAAGUAGUCAUCCAUCUUUGGAUAGUAUCUUAUGCGAUUUAGGUCAGUUGGGUAAAUACCAGUGUUUUACCGUUACGUUAUUUUCAAUUGCUGUGAUUAUUCAUUCCGCUAUUCACACUGCUUUCGUUUUUACCGCAAGGAACGUCCAAUACAGGUGUGAGGUACCCGGCUGUGAAUCAUCACCCUCUGAAACGUGGCUGCAAAAUGCAAUUCCGUUUGUACAUGAUCAACCGUCGAAAUGUACACGAUUUUUAUACCUGAAUGGCAGCGAAUGCAAUUAUCUGGACUUCAAUAGAAGUAUCGUGGAAAGAUGUAAUGAUUAUGUUUACGUAAACGGGGAAGCCACAAUAUUGCAUGAUUUUGAUCUUCAGUGUGACGAGAAUUUGUGGAAACUAACUUUAGUGGGCACCGUCAACAGUAUUGGACAAUUUGUUGGACUACCCAUAGCAGGAUUUUUCUCAGACAGAUAUGGACGUCUUACCACAUUAAUUGUUGCCAUAGUAUCUUCGGGUAUUUUUGGUAUAAUUCGUUCAUUUUCGCCUUCGUAUAUUUUCUUUUGUGUCUUUGAAUUUCUGGAUUCGGCAUUUGGAGCUGGAGCAUAUACGUGUGGUUACAUACUAGGAGUGGAACUUGUCGGGCCACAAAGAAGAGUCUUAAUGGGUACUCUUAUUUCGUGUUCGUAUGCAUUAGGAGAAGUAUUACUAGGCGGUCUAGCGUGGGGCAUACCGCAGUGGAGACCAUUUCUUCAAGUAUUAUGUUCUUCUUCGUUUAUUCUGCUGUUUUAUUAUUGGAUAGCUCCAGAAUCAGUGAGAUGGUUACUAGUACAACAAAAAUUUAAUAAAGCGAAACAAAUAUUAAGCAAAGUUGCUAAGGUAAAUGGAAAGUCUAUUUCAAAUGAAUACCUUACCGAGUUAUGUACAGCUGAUCACUCAUCAAACACUGAAACGUAUCCUAUCACAAGUUUAUUUAAAUCUUGGCGAUUAUGUCUAAGAUUUUUAAAUUGUUGCUUUUGUUGGAUCUCAUGUGUUUUUGUUUUUUAUGGACUAACUAUAAACUCAGUGGCCUUAUCAAGUAACCCAUACUUAGACUUUAUCUUAACCUCGCUAGCAGAAAUACCUGGCUACCUAGCAGUGUACCUUCUAGUCGACAAAUUGGGAAGACGAAUUUGUGAAUCGUCUAUGUUAAUUAUGACAAGUCUUGCCUGCAUUGCAUUUAAUUUUGUGCCAUUGGAUUUGCAUUGGUUAAGAUUAUUGAUGUUUCUAAUAGGAAAAUGCGCAGGAACUGCUGCAUUCGCAGUGUGUUACAUAAUUACUAGUGAAAUAUUCCCAACUCCUUUAAGGCAUUCAUUAAUGGCAACUUGCUCUAUGUUUGGUCGUGUGGGAUCUAUGAUUGCACCUCAAAUGCCAUUACUGGAGAAACAAUGGAAACCUUUACCAAUUAUUCUAUUUGCGACAAUGGCCUUUUUGUCUGGGGUAUUUAGUCUAUUUUUCCCAGAAACUGCAAACACCCAUCUUCCUGAUACUAUCAAAGAAGCAGAAGAAAUUGGUAAAAACAAACCAGAAAAUAAAUAUACCUUCCCCAGUUGACACUCGGCUUUAUUGACACGAAGUAGUUCCAUUAGAUACAGAAGUAUUUAGUAAUAAUAAAUUUUUACUUCAUCAAAUUUAAAGUUUCAGAUUUUUUUUCUUUCUGGUGUGCAAACAACAUUCAAUUUGAAUAAUAAUAAAGAAAAUAAGUACAAUAUUUUUAUGCUUUGAUUGUAUGAAUCAGAUGCAGUUGAGAUACUAAAAAUGUGAAAGAUAAAAUGUUUUGGUUUGAUUUUUUGUUUGUAAAUAGUCCAAUUUUUUGUAAAAAAUCUCGCAAUUUUCGCAUAUUUAUGUGAUAUACAGUAAUUUUAUGUAGCUAAAUUGUAACCGAUCAGUAUUUUAUUA